AUGGAGAAGACGAAGCUUUGCCUGGUUGUCCUUCUGAUAAGGGUUAUAUACGCAGGCAUGCAGAUCAUCAUCAAGGCGGCUUUCGAUGGUGGCAUGAACACCGCAGUCUUUGUCUUCUACAGGCAACUAAUUGCCACCCUUUUCUUGGUGCCAGUUGCGCUUGUGGUGGAAAGGAAGAGAGCUCCAGCCCUGUCAUUCUGGUUGGCCUUCAAGAUGUUCAUGCUUGCUUUAGUUGGGCUUGCUGGGACUCUAUAUUUGUACUCCGUCGCUCUGGAUUACACUUCAACAGCGCUGGCAUCUGCAGCAAUAAAUUCCAUCCCGGUGACUACCUUCAUUUUGGCAGUAAUAUUUAGGACGGAGAAGGUGAAGGUAAAGAGGCACUCAGGGAUCGCGAAGCUCUGCGGAGCAGGACUGUGCAUUGCAGGCGCUUUGACCAUAGCUUUCUACAGAGGACCUCGUUUGAAGCACUUGAAUCGCCAUCACGUCCUUACGGGUGGGAAUCAAGCUCAGGUUCAUCCUCAUCCCUACAGCAGAUGGGUCUUGGGGACCUUCCUCAUGAUCGUCUCCAACCUGACAUGGUCACUGUGGCUCGUCUUACAGGAACCAUUGCUGAAGCAGUAUCCUUCAGAACUCAUGUUCACCACUCUGCAAAGCCUCUUCAGCGCCAUCCAAACAUUCUUCAUCACUCUGGCGAUCGAAAGGGACUUCUCGCGGUGGAAGCUGAGCCUCGACAUGGGACUCAUCUCAGUGGCCUACUGCGGCAUCGUCGUCACCGGGCUCGCAUUCUUCCUGCAGUCAUGGACGAUACAGAGACGAGGCCCUGUUUUCUUGGCCCUAUCAGCUCCACUGACGAUGAUCAUCAUCAUGAUGCUCUCGCCUUUCCUCCCCGGAGUCUUCGUCGAUUUGGGGAGGUACGCAUUUGUCUGCAACUGCUCUGGCAACACAACUCACUGCCGGCCGCCAUGCAAUGACGACGACAUCUUGUUGCAGCGUCCUUGGUGGAGUUCUCAUGGUUGGGGGCCUUUACAGCGUCCUGUGGGGAAAGAGAAGGGAGCAGAAAGAGGAAGAAAACCCAACAGCAAAAGAUACCAAAGUUUGCUUGGAGGAGAAAGAAAUGGCAUCACCAAGAGAACUUCGAUGAACAUGAUUCUGGAAUCGUUGACAUGCAUAGAAUAUGUGAUAAUGUACCCCUUGCCAAACAACAUAAUCUAUUAAGUGUUAUUAUUA